AUGGGCGUGUUCAACGUGCUCGCGCUGUCCGUGGAGACGUCGGUGCUGGGCUGGUACCUGCUGGCGCCGCUGGCGUCCCCGGGCGGCAGCGCCGUGCUCGCGCGGGACCUGCGCGACGCGCUGCACUUCCGCCAGUCGCUGGCGCUGCAGGCGCUGCUGUCGCUGCUGCGGCUGCUCUUCUUCGUGUACAUCCGGCGCCGCAACAAGCGCGUGCCGUCCACGCGCUGCUUCGUGUUCGUCGUGUCGCUCGUGGAGGUGGCGGGCUGCGCGCUGGGCUCGCUGCAGCCGCUGCUGUACCUGGACGGAGCACAGAUCGACACGUUCGCCAAGUUCCGGCGCGUGCGCUGGGGCGGCUUCUACGCGGCGGUGCUGUGUGCAUUGGGCAUCUUCAGCACGCUGCUGCAACUUGGCUACAUCCUGCAACUCAACAAGAGUCGGGGGAGGCUGGCGGACGACAACCUGCUGCGCGACGUCAUGGUGGGCGAGACGCCGCGCGCCAAGUGGAGGUCCAAGUGGGCCACGCUGGGCAAGCAGCUGGCAGGGAGACGCAAGCCCAAGGACCCGACGUUCGAGGCCAUGGUGAGGCUCUACGCGCACCAGGAGGGGGCCGUGGACAGGCUGGCGGUGUCGUCCGACAGAGAUGAAGAGGAGUUCGAGUUCUAUCUGCCGCAACUGUGCAGCUUUUUGCUGUUGGGGGCGUUUGCAAGGUCGCCGCAGUUGUGUGCCAUGCUACUGCGGAAGUGCAGUGUGUCGCACGUGUUCGCGCACAAAAUGCUGUGGUACUUGCAGUCCUACUGCCUGCACAAUCCGGCGUUCGCCACGGAUGCCGACUUCCAGCGCGUGCAGAUGCUGAUCGAAGACGUGGCUGAGCGCGGGGUGUCAGCUAGCGCGCAGGAAGUGGAAGCGUUGCUGCCAGGUUCCCAGGACGACCACUACGCCACGUUCCAGGAUAAUAACGAUCUCGAGCGAGGAGUGGCGAGCUCAGUCAUUGCGCCUAAAGUGCCCCCUGCCACCGGCGCCGAGCCGUUUGAGCUUGAGACGACGUUCCUGGGAUCACUCGCCAAUGUAUCGUCGAACUUGAGGGCUGUCGCGUACGAUCAACGCAACGAUAUGCUUCGCAUUUGGCUUCAAGAUCUAGAGGCGCAGUAUCUGCCGAGCAACUCGCUGUACCUGCCUGUCGGCAACUCAUACCACCGGCUCAAGCACAUCCACGUGGACGAGAGCUUUACGUUCUCGACGCGAGAGCGUGUGCCGUUCUUGCUCUGCGCUGAGGUCGUGGACUAUCCGUCCCCGCAAGAAGAGCUCGCUGCACGGCAGAAGCGCCGCAGCAACAGCGUGUUUAACGGUCGGCGAUUCACGCUCAGCUUGUGGGAUACUGCAAGCACUCCUGAGUUGACGGCAGCUACGCCCGCGGAACGCACACCAUUGAUGUCUCCGGACGCGUCGAAGCUUGGUUUCUGGAGUGAGUCGCGUACGCCGAGCAGCCCGACUCGACUUCGCUCGUUCUCGCACCAUAUCUCGAACAAAAUGGCGCAACCGACUGAGCUACUGCACGGACUGAUUGACUCUUUGGUCGGCAAGGUCCCCGGCGGCAAGAACUUCGAUCCCAAGGGCGAGGCAUUACUUAGCAACGUUGAUUCUGGAGAAUAUGGCGAGGAUUCGCCCAAGCGCUUCCGAGAUCUACCGGAGCGAAGCCAAAGUCAGCCAUUUUUCAAGAGCUCAGGCAUGUUCCCCAAGCGAACCCUCACAGUUGACACGAGUGUAGUAGGACUUCGAUCAACACACCCCGAGUCGGCGCGGAGCCAGCCAGCGGCCGCAUCUAUCGUGCCUGUUACUACUGACAUCGAUGAAAUCGAGUCUGCCAGCAGUGUCAGCGGUCCGUGGUCGCCGAAGUCGGAGACUGUACUGUCGCCCCAGUCCGAGAGCUCAGCGUGUUCACCGAACCACCUCUCACGGUUCGACAGCACAGAUCGUUUCUUACAGGAUCUAUCGGAGCGUGAUUCAAAGCUGGAGGAAGACGAGGAAGCUGAGAGCAGCGACCCCUCCUCCGAAACCCGUCACCAAAGUGCAGCUGAACCACCCGCAGUCAUAUUUAAGGAGCGUUGGGUGGAGAAAGAGCGUCGUAUCCAAGCCACUUCCCCUUACGGGAAGCUCCCGGGCUGGAGGUUGCUGCCUGUGAUCGUCAAAAGUGACGACGACCUGCGUCAGGAGCAGCUGGCCUUGCAGCUAAUCCACCAGUUCGCCAAGGUGUUUGAAGAGUUCAAGGUGCCGGUCUUCAUCCGUCCGUAUGAUGUGAUCGCUAUCUCCGCUACGUCGGGACUCGUCGAGGCCAUCUCGGACACCAUCUCCAUCGACUCGCUGAAACGCAACGACCGCGAGUUCACGACGCUGUUGGACUUCUUCACGAGGCAUUUCGGUGACCCGAGCACGCCCGAGUUCCGGAGGGCCCGAUCCAACUUUGUGAGCAGUAUGGCCGGCUACGCGAUCGUGUGUUACCUGCUCCAGAUCAAGGACCGACACAACGGCAACAUCUUACUGGACGCCGAAGGGCACAUUAUCCACAUCGACUUCGGCUUCAUCCUGUCGAACAACCCGGGCAACAUGGCCUUCGAGCAGGCUCCGUUCAAGCUCACGGCCGAUUUUGUAGAGCUCAUGGGUGGCCCGCGGUCCGCGCACUUCCGGCGGUUCCGCUCUCUGUGUGUGCGUGCGUUCCUCGUCGCUCGCAAGUAUCGUCACCGCUUCGUGCUGCUCGUGGAGAUGAUGCUGCACGGGAACGAGCACUUGCCGUGCUUUGCUGGGGACCCGAAGGGUACAGUCGAGCGCCUGGCCGCUCGGUUCCAGCCCGACCUGGACAUCAACUCGUGCGAGGACUUUGUGCACGAGCUGAUUGACGCGUCGCUCGACAACUGGCGAACACGCUGGUACGACAAGUACCAGCGAUGGAUCGUCGGGGUUUUCUAG